AUGAUUGAAGCUGGAUUUUUCAGUUGUAAUGUUGGCGAUCGAGUUAUCUGUUUAUACUGUAACCUCAUUUGUCAACAAUGGACAUCGUAUUUAGAUGAUCCAUAUGAAAUACACAAAAUUCUAUCACCUAAAUGUCCCUUUGUAAAAGCUAUGUUUCUACAUUAUGACGAAGGAUCUAUUCUUAUUAUUAAUGAAAAUUCAGUCAGAAAUCAUUCAGAAACUGCUACUUCUCACCUAUUUCAUUCAAAUGAAAUCGUUCAUACGACUGCUUGUCAUGCUAAUUAUAUUGAAAUUCCCAAACGUCACGCAUCCUUUGCAAGUUGGCCCAAUGAAUCUUUACCUUCGGUGGAUGAUCUUGUUCGUGCAGGAUUCUUCUAUACUGGUAAGAAUGCCACUGUCACUUGUUUCUAUUGCAAUGGAUCACUGCAGAAUUGGGGUUCGAAUGAUAAUCCAACUGUUGAACAUGCACGCUGGUUUCCUCAAUGCAAAUAUGUAAAACAACUCUGUGGAGAUAGCCUUUAUCGAAAAAUUCAACAGGAACGUUCAAUAGAAACUAAUUUAGUGAAUAAAUCGAGUUCAAAUGAUCAGAAAGUACAAAAACAAGAUGAGAGUAGUCUAUCACGGUUUGUAGCUGCUCGAUUGGAUUUGUCAGUAUCACAAAGAUUGCUUGAUCAACAUUUCAAACUAUCGAUUAUCAAGCGUUGUUGGGAAGAACAACUUCGACUUAAGCAUGACGAUUUUCCAACGGAUUGUGAUCUGUUAAUAGCUUGUAUGGUUCUUCAAAAACAAAUUGAACAUAUAAAUGGCAAAAAAGAGAAUAUAAUUAUACCUAACAUACAAAUGCAAAAGAUUCAUGAAAAGGAACAUGAAGAAGUUCAAGCCGCAUUAUCAUCAGUUCCUACAGUUGCAACAACGCUUUUAUCUAACUCAUCAAAUGAUUCUAUUAUUAAAAUAACCUCAUCAAGUCAAUCUGCGACUGAUGAAUCGAUUUCAAGAGGAGCAGUCAAAACGAUUGAAGUUGAGAUGACAAAACCAGAAAAUAGAUGUUUGAUGGAUAUUGUACCUGAGCCGAUGCAAACAAUGAAUAACUCAUUAAAACAUCCAUGUGCACUUUGUAUGAGCGAAGAAAAACAACUCGCAUGCAUUCCAUGUGGCCAUAUGGCCACAUGUGUACCAUGUGGACAUUCUCUUCGAUUGUGUCCUAUCUGUCGACAACCGAUUGACGCCUUUAUUAGAGUUUACUCAUGA